UCCAGCUCGGCGUAUUUACUUGAUUUGGAAGGCAUGGGCAGGACAGGUUUGUGCAUCGCGCUGCUCUUCCUUGCUGUUAAGGGUGCAGUCGCAUAUCCUACCCUUCACGUAGAAGGUGAAGCUCAACUUGGACAACCAACAUCUUUACGCUGCACCUGUAACGAGUCAAUACUUUUGAAAGAUCCUGAAGGCACAGCCCUGUCGUGUACAUCGACAAGCAACUGCCUAAGUAAUAGGCCAGGGUAUAUAUCUUUGGAUAGAGAUAAAAGUGAGGGAGAGACGUACGUAGCAGUCAUAAAUGAAACAAGGACAGGAGAUGAAGGAGAAUGGAGAUGUCAGUGUGGCAACCAAGAGGCAAAGGCCACGCUACGUAUACAGCGCACGACAUCCAUGGAUCUGACUACUCCAGAACCCAUAAGGGCAGCUGCUAAUCCUACCCUAAACGUUGAUGACAGUCCAAUCCUUGGGCAACCAACAUCUUUACGCUGCACCUGUAACGAGUCAAUAACUUUGGAAGAUCCUGAAGGCACAGACGUCCUGUCGUGUACAUCGACAAGCAGCUGCCUAAGUAAUAGGCCAGGGUAUAUAUCUUUGGAUAGAGAUAAAAGUGAGGGAGAGACGUAUGUAGCAGUCAUAAAUGAAACAAGGACAGGAGAUGAAGGAGAAUGGAGAUGUCAGUGUGGCAACCAAGAGGUAAAGACCAAGCUACGUAUACUUAGAAACGUGCAACAAAUGACUUAUUCCAAUUCUUGCUUUUGCUUUUACCCAAGUUUCCUAUUACUAAUAUUCGUACUUCUAUUAGUCUGUCUGACCUGAAUUCAACAAGACAGGAAAUAUGACAGGAUUACAUUGGACUGGACCAAAUCCAGAAUAUCUAAGUUUAUUACUGAACAUGUUCUAGUAACAAACCUGAUAAAAGAAAAGAAUAAAGUAAGAUCUUUUGGCUACAGAACGUUUCUACUCACCAAACACCCUAUAGCUAUCUAUGUCCUACUUUUUCAUUUCUUUAAUUUAUCUGUAUCACUUCAAAGUGCCGUUCAAAGACUUUGUGGAAUUCCCGACCUCUUGUCACGAAGCAGUCUCAAUCGCUUAUUCCAAGCUGAACUCAAAAGUCACCAGAUUAGGUGAUAUUUUAUCACAAAGAUUAAAACCAGUCAAUGUUCGGAUGAUCCUGACAGCCAGGGUGGUUAGGCUCACGAUCAGAUCAGGCCUGGCCCACCCUACAAGCAACCAAGAAAGCGGAUAGGUCUUCGCCAUGGGGGCGCAGCCUAGUCCGAGCUAGAAAACGUUUGGAAGAAUGUCAAUCCAAACACUGAAGGCAGAGUGCCAGAGGUGUUGUGUUCCUGCUAGACUAAUGCUUAGUCCCUGGAAAUAUAUAAUUUCCACAGUAACAUUGGAGGGAGAGCAAGGUAGUAGGUAAAAUAAUGUGGUUCAGGGACUGUGAGACAGACCAUGUUCCUGGCAGCAAACCCGUGUGCUCUCCAAACGGGUGUCAGGAGACUGGGAGGUACCACACCAUCGAAAACAAUGUGGAG